AUGGCGUCAGCACCCCAGUCCAGCGUUCACGCGCGUUCUCACAGCCUGCUGCUGUUGCAGAAGCUCCUCAACCUCCGUGACGGCAGCAGUCCCUUGACCUUGGUGCUAGAUAGCCUCGAGCAGCCGGCCCAGCCAGUCAUUUCCGAAUUCAUUGCCCGCGCAAAGAUUUCAAAAACCGUCGUCAUCUUCCUGUCCUUUACGACGCUCAGGCGGCCUCCCAACGUCGACGUCUUCGUCAAGGCUGCCGGGAGGGAUCUGGCGGCGGUAAAGGGCGAGCUCCUCACCCACUACCCGGCCUCGGAUCCGGCACGGAAUCAAGGGAGGCCGGCACGGAGAGCUGUCGUCAUCAUCGACUCGAUCAACAACCUCGCCUCGGGGGACCCUUGGUCCAUGACCACCUUUCUUCCGAGCAUCAUCACGCCGGCCGUGUCGACCGUGUCAGUCUACCACACCGACGUGCCCGUCAUGCUGCCCAAGACGGUCAGCGAAUACGAGCCCCACCCGUUCACCGUCAUCUGCCACCUCGCCACCGCCAUCGUGCGGGUGUCCAGUCUGCAGCAGGAAGUCCUACGGAAGCAGGCGCGCGAUCGAGCACAGCAGGAGCCCGAGUGGGGGCUCAAGGAGGAUCGCGAGGGCGCCAUCAUCGGCCUGCGCACCAAGUUCCUCGAGGGAGAUGGCAACGGGGCCGGCGUCGUUGUCGAGCUGGAGUCCCGAAGACGCAGCGGCAGGGCCGUCUCGGAAAAGUUCAUCAUCACGCCGUCCAAAGCGUCGACACCGGGCAAGCUCUCUCUGCUGUCGGACCACCCCGCCUUCGGCCAGCCGGUCGGGGGCGACGGCGUGGCCGAGGAGGAGCCGGAGAGCACCUUUGACCUGGGCCUCACCGAGAAGCAGCGCAAGGACAGGGAGGGCAUCGUGCUGCCCUAUUUCGACGCCCAGACCGACAUCGGCGGCGGCGAGGGCGGCCGCAUCCUGUACGAGAUGGGGCGCGAGGACAUGGACGACUUUGAUGACGAGGAAGACGAGAUAUAG